AGAUCUCAUACGGAAAAAAGGUCUGCAAAAAUUGAGACCUUUGACUUUCCGAACUCGAUUCCAAACAUCUUCACCAUCACUAACACGACCAACGUAACCUUCCUUUAUCCCGACCAAACAAAUCCGGCAGACAAAUGGAAGAAUCGUCGCAUCCGUACAUUCCCAGAGAUCUGGAACUUCCCGGCUACGUUCCGGUGUCGAUGCCUCAGUCUACAAUCGUCGGCGUUUACCUCCUCGCUUCUCUCCUCGUUGUCUCCGUCGUCUGGUUUCUCUUUGGGACAAAAAGAUCCAAGCUUGAUAGAUUGCUUAUGUGCUGGUGGGCGUUCACUGGUCUCACCCACAUGAUUCUUGAGGGUUACUUUGUUUUCUCUCCGGAAUUUUUCAAGGAUAAGACUUCCUUUUAUCUCGCUGAAGUUUGGAAAGAGUACAGCAAAGGCGAUUCACGGUACGUGGGCAGGGACCCUGCGGUCGUAGCUGUGGAAGGGAUAACCGCCGUUCUGGAAGGCCCGGCUUCUCUUUUAGCUGUCUACGCCAUCGCGAAGGGAAAGUCCUACAGCUACGUUCUUCAGCUGGCCAUUUCGCUCGGCCAGCUUUACGGAUGUCUGGUUUACUUCAUCACUGCUCUUUUGGAAGGAGAUAACUUUGCUACAGACUCGUUCUACUAUUACUCUUACUACAUUGGAGCUAACGCCUGGUGGGUUUUGAUUCCAUUCCUCAUUUCUUUCCGUUGCUGGAAAAAGAUUUGCGCAGCAUCCCGCCCGCAGAUCCAGACGCAGAAAAAGAACAAGACCCGUUGAAGUGGUUAGUUAGUAACUCUCUUCCAACAGUCUGGUGAUCUCUGGUCGGGCAAAAUGCCUCUCCUCCCCUGUUUCCUUUUCUCCCAAGGAUUUUGUUGAUUUGUUUCCAGUGAACAGGAGUUGAAAUUUGAGGAUUAUUCAUGGAUUUUAAUUUCAGGACCCCUUUUUUUCUA